AUGGAGUCCGUACUGAACCGCAUCCGAGACACUGUCUCAUCGACGGUAAUACAGGUGACGUCCAACUUGUCGACAGCGCUUCCGGGCAAUCCUCUCACCCGCGAGUACGACCUGAGCCGACACGUGGCCUCUGCCGGACCUCAUCUCUGUCUGAAGGUCUUCGACGCCGUGAAGAAGAGUACGCGCGAAGAGUCGGCUCUAUUCCUCUGCGACAAGAAGUCGUUGGACCAGAAGUUUAAUAAAAAGGAUAAAGAGAUGGUUUUGGAGAUCAUCCGCAAAGGUGUCAACCAAUUGACUCGCUUAAGACAUCCAUCGCUGCUAACCAUUCAUCAUAACAUAGAGGAGAGUCGCGACUCAAUAGCGUUCGCCACCGAACCGGUGACGGCGAGUCUGGCCAACCUUCUGGGCCAACGCGACAACACACCGAUCAGCACAGAUCCCGAACUCUUUGACUUCUUCGACGUGGAGAUCAAAUACGGUUUACUGAAGAUCUCUGAAGGUCUGGCCUUUCUUCACAACGACGUGAAACUAUUGCACCGAAACCUAAGCCCGGAGUCGAUUGUCGUCAACCGGAACGGCGUGUGGAAGAUAUCGGGCUUUGAUUUCUGCGCGCAGGCCAUCAGCGCCACCGAAAGUCCGCUCAAAUUCCCGCAUUUGAAUGCAUCAAACUAUGCGGACAUUCCGGCCAUAUGUCAGCCAAACCCCGAUUAUAUGGCACCGGAAUAUAUGGACAGAGAUGUGACGAGUGUGGAGACCAGUGCCGACAUGUUUUCCUUAGGCUUACUUACGUUCACGUGUUAUAAUAAGGGAAAACCACUGCUCCCGAGCGCUGGGAAUCUCAAGUUACGAAGUGUUGAGCAAUUUAAACGACUGCCGGACUCGACCUUCAAUUGCAUUCCUGAAGAUUCCAGAAGUCAUAUCAAAUUGUUGUUAAGUCUGGACUCGAGACUACGUCCCGAUGCCAUCCAGUUUUCAAAAUUGCAUUUCUUUGACGAUAUUUUGGUUAAAACUUUGCAAUAUUUGGACGCUUUAUACCAAUGGGAUAACCUUCAGAAGAGUCAGUUCUAUAAAGGAUUGCCGGAACUGUUGUCUCAAAUGCCUAAACGAGUUAAACUGAAUCGCGUUGUGUCGAGUUUGGCCAAAGAGUACGUGAAUCCAGAUAUGAUUCCUUUCGUUUUGCCAAACAUUCUGCUCAUCGCUAAAGAGACGGACGACGAGGAGUUCCAGAAGUGGAUUAACAAACUAUGCGGACAUUCCGGCCAUAUAGAUGUGACGAGUGUGGAGACCAGUGCCGACAUGUUUUCCUUAGGCUUACUUACGUUUACGUGUUAUAAUAAGGGCAAACCACUGCUCCCGAGCGCCGGGAAUCUCAAGUUACGAAGUGUUGAGCAAUUCAAACGACUGCCCGACUCGACCUUCAAUUGCAUUCCCGAAGAUUCCAGAAGUCAUAUCAAAUUGUUGUUAAGUCUGGACUCGAGACUACGUCCCGAUGCGAUCCAGUUUUCAAAAUUGCAUUUCUUUGAUGAUAUUUUGGUGAAGACUUUGCAAUAUUUGGACGCUUUAUACCAAUGGGAUAACCUUCAGAAGAGUCAGUUCUAUAAAGGAUUGCCGGAACUGUUGUCUCAAAUGCCUAAACGAGUCAAACUGAAUCGCGUUGUGUCGAGUUUGGCCAAAGAAGACGGACGACGAGGAGUUCCAGAAGUGGAUUAUUCNAAACUGAAUCGCGUUGUGUCGAGUUUGGCCAAAGAGUACGUGAAUCCAGAUAUGAUUCCUUUCGUUUUGCCAAACAUUCUGCUCAUCGCUAAAGAGACGGACGACGAGGAGUUCCAGAAGUGGAUUAUUCCCGACUUAGUCACUGUGUUCAAGCAUAAGGAGCCCAUUCAGAUCGGCAUCAUUUUGAUGCAAAACAUGGACUUUUUGGUCUCCAAAUUCAAGACUAAACCCGAUUCCCUUCGCGAACACAUUCUUCCCCUUAUAUACCGUUCGCUCGAUUCGGACGCUCAACAGAUACAAGAGCUGUGUUUAUCGGUUAUACCAUCGAUGGCUCAUCUCAUUGACUACACAGCGAUGAAGAACUCAUUGUUACCCAGACUUAAGACUAUUAUUUUAAAUACUAAACUAUUAUCGAGCUGCUUCACGAAGGGUAGGAUAGGUUGCAAGGCAGCUUUCUUGGCCGCUAAUAUUACCGUAGCCAUUUAUAAGCUGGCGAUGAAUAGCAACAAAUUAGGUCUCACUAAAGAAGUGAUCGCUACGAAAGUUGUGCCGCAUUUAGUGCCGCUUUCCAUUGAAAAUGGCUUAACAUUACAACAGUUUCAAACGAUUAUGUCAUUAGUGCGGGAGAUGUUAUGUAAGAUAGAAGACGAACAACAAGUAAAGUUAGAGCAAUUGAAUUCAAUCAAAUCGCAACAACAGUCACUAUUCAAUAGCACACAACAAAAGUCUCCCACUUUUGACAACUUAUCGCAACUGACAAACAGUGCCAACAGUUUUAGUCCUGUUCUCAGCGGCGCUAAUAAUAGCACCGCAUCUGCGCUCACACUGGAAGACAAGGAACGACUCGCCAAACAGAGCGAACAAAACGAGCGAUUGAAGGCU